CUGCCUACACACAGCUACCAAUUUUGAAGCUUUUCAAAUGACACGGCGGGUGUCUGCUUCGAAUCAGUGGUCAACCCAAUAACAUGAAGCAAAGAUCAUUCCAUUCCCAUCAGAUGCCCAAAGGCGCUCUUAUCGAACGAAAGCUUUGAGUGGUACUACACCCAUAUAUUUCGUCUUCGUUCGAAAAUAAAUCUGUGAAGCCAUGGAUCCUUACUACGCCAGCAAACCGCGACAUUCACAAAAACGUCGUCGAUCGGGAACGGCUCUCUUCUCGUUAGUUCUGCUAGGAUGUGGUAUCGUCUUCUUCGGAAUUGUCAUGAUUGCGUGUGCGUUCGUUAUAAACUAUGCCGAGGAUUUUGAAGUCGAUACCGAUGGUGGUAUCGAGGCAGCCGUCCAAGGUGGCUUUACCUACAGUCAGUACUGGGCAGGAAUACCCGUAAGUACCCUCUUCAAACUCUAUCAUCAGAAAUAUUGCCUAGUUUCCGGCUGACUUUUGAUAUAAAUAAAACGGACAAACACACUUCAAUAAUAGGCAAACAUAUGCUUGUAUAUGUAACCUACCGAGUUUAGGUAUGACAAGGUCCUAUUGAGUUUAGUACCAGAUUAUAGUUUAGUUUCCUCAAUAGUUUAGAAAUAAAGGAACAUGGACAAUCUAUAUUUGAGCACUGUCAGCGCCUCGCGUUUUGCAUUUGAAGCCAAAGAACCUUCAUGAAUUGCUCAAGUAUGUAAAUCACAUCAGUCUUUAAAUAUUAUUUCAAGGGGUGGAGUUAUACUUUUUUUAGCUUAGACCAAUAGGUUAAUUAAAUCAGCCCUUUUAACGUUUUGAAUAUAUACUUAGCUAUGUAACAUUUAUUUCCUUAAGUAUUUCAUGGUUGAGUCAAAAUUCCAUUUUGAAUUAGCUAUAUGGAUUAGAAAUGCAAAUUGGCAUAGGAACCGACUAUAUUUUAACUCAGAAUCACUGUGAAUCGGUCUUUAAACUCCUGAUCUUUAAUUGUGAUUAAAUCCACAAACAACUAGCGAUAUACAUGGUAAAAAAUCGCAAGCAAAAACGGUCGUUGUAUAAAAAAGGCCUUGUUAUAGUAGAUUCUAUAUACAGAACAGCCUUUCUGGCACAAGAGUAAUUAAUUGAGGCAAGCAAUGAACGAAACAUGUACAUUGAUAUUCAAACAUGGCAACCGACGGUGAAAUAAUUUAGGGUUGUAUAUUUUUUAUCGAAUCAUCGCAUCAUGCCAAGAGGAAUUACGAAACUGAUAUACAAUGAUUAUGAUCGGCAAAAUCUUGUGAGAAAAAAUUGAAACACUGCAGGGAGCAGGGAGAUGGCAUGUGGAACUUGACUGAUCUGUUUCAAUCUCAAGAGAACAGUUUUUUAAUACCCACUGUUAAACUAUUUUACUAAAAAAAAUUCAUGAAUUACAAUUCAGUGACUUAUAACUUUUUAAUCAUGACAUGAUGACAUUAUCUUCAAAAUAUGCUGUUACCAAUUGUACUGGGUAAUUAUAUAUGUAUAUUUUAUUCACAAACUGCGAAAAGGCAGAUUGCUGAAGAGGCCUAGGUCAUGUUCCCAAAUUCUUAAACCACUUGUUUUGACUUGUAUAUACAAUAAAUUUAUAUAGAUUUGACAUAAUUUUGUCACGGUUAUAUAACAUUAGAUCGACUGAUAUGAAAGAAAAAUCUAUCAUAUAGCAUUCCAUGCUCCGGCCCAGAUGACAUAUCCAUUGAGAUAGGAUGCUUUCAAACCACGUAUUUGAGUUUCAUUUGAAAUUUAUCCUAACAGGGCCUCAUGCAUGAGAGCGAGUAGUUCGUUUGCACGUUGCACGUUUACACGUUGCGAUUUGUCGCGGUGUAGAAUUCAUAUUCUGCGUAUGAAAAGUUACUGUUGACGUCACAAUUCAUCUUCUUCAGUAUUUUCAGCAGCGAAAUUUGACAUGCCAACUGAAUUUACGCGAGCUCAUUCGAUUAUGUACGCCAGGAUACGAAUCGUACCGACGACAAAUCGCAGCUUGUAAACGUAUUUUGGCAGUCAUACGAGUUUUAAAACGAGGAAACAGAAUGAACUACAGCUUCAACUACUGAAGAAACUUACAUGAAAAUUAAGAAAUACGAUAUGCCAUUAAUAUCGGAUUUUCAGGGAAGCGUAUAUACCCCCGCCAAAUAUUCAAACUCAUUCUAUAAAUAAUUUUACAGUUACAUAUAAGGCUUAACACUUCAUUAUUAAAAUAUAAAAUAUAUUGUAUUUUUUUUUCUAUCGAUUACAAAAGAGAAAAUUGAAAGAUGAAACAAAUAUGCUUGUCCGUAAAUGAAAAUGAAUCUAGUUGAUAAACGAAAUUAAAAUGAAUCAGAUCAAAGGUAUUCAGCCGUGGGAGUUGAAGUCAGUGUUCAACGACAAUGCUAUAGAAAUGUUCACAAAUAAAGGUGUUCAUACAAUGCGCGGAAUUCUGAAAGGAAGGUCAAAAGUGAUUAACUAUAGGAUAAAAAUAUAUGAUCAUUUGCAUUCAAAAACUACACUAGGCCGCGAAUAUAUAUAUUGUUUCUGGCGAGAACUGGAUCUGUAUGAAAUCUUUUCAUCGGCACAUGUAAUUCAAUACGUAACUGGCUUUGAAAGAACCGGCUUAUUGGCAGGGCUGCGUGUAUUGCUAUUGGCUACAAUUAACAUCAGUCAAAAUUGGACCAUAUAUCGUGAUCUGUGUUCGUGGGUCGUUUACAAUUUAUAUCGCUCAUAAAAUUAAUGACCCAUUCAAUAACUGCGCAGUUGUUUUAAGUCUCGUGUCGUUCAAGGCGAAUAACUUAGGCAAAAAUACUAGGCAAAAAUGUCUCACGAUAACAAAAAUAUAAGCACCGGAAUACAAGCGAAAACGAAAAGCAAAAAGCGUCCACAAACUGUAAAAUACUAAUGACUGUAAAUGUUUUAGUCAUUCCAAACAACACGUAACUUGCAAGGUAACAUUUUCAUCUGAGUCCACAGCUUGAAGAGCAAGAUUGGUGGAACGUGCCAUGUUGGAGUAGCUAUGGUUUGACAAUUUCCGACGAUGUUUAAAACAUCCUUUUUUAUAAUCUUCAUCUUCCUUGACGGAACUGACAAUACUUUUAAAGAGUUAUUUCAGUAUUAGAACAAAAAGUCUUUCAAAAAGAGUUACGUCAAGUGGCCAGGGAAGGCAAAAGGUCAAACGGAGCAUUGUUUGCAAAGAAUUUAAAUCUCCAUGAAUAAAGACUAAUUCAAUUGAAUAAAUAUUCCGUUUAAAAUUAUCAAGAUUUUGUUGGUAUCUCACUAGAUUGAAGAAUAGUUGAAGUGUUUUGUAAAUUUUACUGUAUACAUUUUUAGAACUAACUAAAUUAUCAACAUUUUACCAAAACCGCGAAUGGUUCUUCUUUGUUUUCGUAUCAAAACAUUUAGGAAUGCAACUGCAUACGUGUAAUAUUUUCGUCUUGAAAGAAAUUCAAAUUUAAUAUACGAAUAAAACAAAAUUGUAUAAAUUUUCCAGUGUAGAUUUUCGACUCCGUGACUGCGAAGUUAUAUCGACAGAUCAGAGAUGUUAGGAUCAGUCAGUGAAUGAAUAUAACCAGUGGAACGCUAUCGCCUACCUCAAAUUUGAAGCCAAAUUUGAAGCCAAAUUUGAAGCCAAAUUUGAAGGCCAGCCCCAGUCCUUUCACGCAUCGCGGUCAAUCAGUCCAGGUAUGUCUUCAUCUAGAUUUGGCUUCAGGAAAAGAUAGCCAGUUUAUCCGAAGGUAGCGUUCCAGUUAUAUCCAUUUCACUGUACUGAGAGAUCAGAGAUUUUGAGAUCACUAUAUAGCUAGUCCAUCCAACAUGGCACCCAUGACGUCACUUGCGCACCAUGAAUUCCACAUUCGAUUAAUUUGAACUCCAGGGUGCCCCGUGGAAUGCAAUUGAUCAAAUACAUUAUGCGAUAAAUUAUUCUAGCAAAAAUAGGAUAAUUUGAAACUUUGCCAAAAACUAUGGUAUCGGUCGAAGCAAGAUUUAAUAGUCAAUCUUAGUUCAAAAAUAAACUGCUGUGUCAUUAAAUUUACAUUGAUUUAAUCGACUGGUAAAACCAAGGAUUAAUUUUAACUCUAACAAGGGUGUUCACCAAAAAAGGUUGACAAUGCGCGCGCAUUGACGGGUACAUAUUCUCAAGUGAGCAUUUAAAAAUCGUACCUUUCCUGAAAAGGAAGAUAUAACAGUUCAAACCUGAAAUGACCCGAAACUGGGCCACAUACUGUACUGCGCCCUCAAAGAUCUUUGACAAAUAGAUACAACUUUAUUUUCAAAAGCACAGUAGAAGAACGCGUAUAAUAAUUUUUAUUUAACGGUUGGGAGAUCGGAAUUCAGGGCUGCGCCUUCUGCCUUGCAUCCUGGGAGACUUGCCAGGAGGGAGUUUAAACAUUGUACUUAUAAUGUGAGAGAAUGUUCUAGACAUUAAACAUAUACACAGUCGAAUGCCACAGAAAUGUUUCAUUUGCUUACUUACCUCCGUUGAGGAAAUGUACACCAUUUUGUGGCGAGAACUGUCGUUUGAUAUCGCUCUAGAAAAUAGAAAAUGCUUGAAUAUUCUUGUAUAAACCCGGGGAAAGUUUAUUAGUAAAGCCUGCAUGGUUUACAUUGUCAAAGUUAAUGUCAUCACAGUAGGAAUUUUGCACAGGUAAAUUUUAAAUUUUGAAAGAUUUGUAAGAAAUGUUUAUUAAGAAAACUGACUUAAUGUUAAACACUGAGUCAGCUUCCUCAAACAUUUCUUACAAAUCCUACUGUGAGUGUGAUCACAGAAACUUUGAUUAUGUAAAACAGUCUUAAUACCUCUAACAUUUUCUUUCUAAAUUUGUGCUUAGCAUGUAUGUAUGAAUUUGAAAAAUGGUCAUAUUCUUCAUACAUGAGAUGCUAAUUAAUGUUUUUCAUGGUUAUAGUUCCUUGUCACAGGCGUGUUGGUGAUUUGUUCUGGUACGUUCCAACACAACAGAGGAUUGGUAAGUUAAUUAAUUAAUUAAAUUUUUAUUUAUUUAUUUAUUUUCAAGAAAAUUUAUUCAUAAUCAAUCAAUCAAGGAGUUGCAUACUUAUAGCUGGCAAUACUAUCAUUGCGUGCAAGCUUUAAAUAUAUUUCUCCUUCUUUACGUGACAUUGACUUAACCAAAGUUAUUAGUUUUGGAAGGUGAAACAUAUUAGUUUUGGAAAUGUUUUGGUAACUUUUGGUAAUGCAUAUUUGUGUAAUUGUUCUUUUCAGUACAAUACGACAAGAAUCUUGACUAAUUUUUCAGUUAGACAUGUAUUUCAUAAUAUCGCCUUAUGAUAAUCAGGCGAUAUACACACAUGGUUACUAUAUAAAACAAAAUCGGGGAAAUAACUCAUGGAAAUGCACUUUCGGAGCUUGUCACUUAAAGCUACGAACUUUGUAAUUUUGUCACAAACCUGCUUCAUCUCCGCACCAGCCCUCCCCAAUCGGACCGUGACAAUUUUAUUGUAGAAACACUAUUAAAAUACGAGAAUACGCUGUAGUGUCCUAAGGACGUUUGGUUAACGCAAUUUUUCUAUUCACAGACAAUCACAACGGUCAUAUUUGCAUUCAUAUGCGUCGCUCUAACGCUGUUUAUCAUCAGUCUGGACGGAACAAACUGGCACAAAUGGAGUUCGUUGAACGGGGAGAAACGACACUAUGAUAGCCUGAGUGGAGUUGACUGUGAAACAGAAAAUAAAAAAUGUGCAUGCAAGGCAAGCACAGGUAAGAAUAAUACAGUAAAACUUUUGAGAGGCCGAUUACAUGGAGAGUUUUCAGCCCGGGCUGAAAUUCAACCCGGUUAACUGAGCUGAAAGCCUGAAAUACCAUCACGAUUACAUAUAACGAAAAAUAUUAAAAUAUUGCCGGUCAGCGGGAAAAAGAGCCCAUAGGGAGAGUCUUUCCAUAUUAUAAAUAAGUUUUCGACGUUCUCUGGUUUUUAGAUAAUUAUUAUUACGAGCUUUCGACUGCCAGUCUGCAGUAUUCAACGGGUGGAUUACGAUAAUAAAUAUUUAAAAACCAGAGAACGUCGAAAACUCAUUAUGAAUAAUCCUGGUUUCGCUUCAAACAUAUUUAAAUCUUUCCAUAUUGUUUCGAGUUCUCCCAAACUACCAUAAAUGUUUCUAUAACUGUAUAGAAACGCAGGAAUGUAUUUUUUCUAUUUCGUUUAUAAUAUAACUCAAGAAAAAGAUUUUAUAGCCAUUUUUAAUCGAUUAAUAGACCUUUCCCCUUUUGAGUGAAAUUUUGAUCUAGACAAGUCUGGACAAAAAUUUCAUCACAGCUUGAAAGAGCAUCGCAAAAUUAGUAAUAUUCCAAAGUUUCGUAGCGAAAUGUUGUAAAAUGCGGAUUAUAUAGCCUUGCGAAGUUUGCCGUUUUUCAGUCAUUUUGCAUUACAAAUGGGAAAUUGAUAGUCAGAUGAUCAAACUGAUUAUCAAUUUCCCGUGCGUAAGGGACCGGUCAUAAAGUAACUGCUAGGGUGGGCCGGAGUGAUUUGGGAUGGGCCAUGGAAAAUCUUUGGGCAGUUUCGAUGGGCCACCAAAUAUUUUGUAUGUCUACGGAUGGGCCACCAAACAAAAAGCCAUGUCUACUUUCAUCCAGGGGCGUAGGAAGCCAGGGGGCCUCAGCGCCAACCAUGGUGGCACCUUGUGGGAGUCGCCCCCCUAACUUUUACAAGCUUCCCUGCUUUCAUCACUUAUUAUGAUAAAUAUAAUAGCAAAUAAGAUUUUAAAAUCAAACAUAUAAUACAAAUCUAACAGGCUGUACACUGCACAUAGGGCAGCAGGGGCAACUACCCCCCCCCCACACCCUAAAAUUUAACUAAUUUUAUAAUGUGAUUAUAUGCUUGUAGCGGAUAAUUAUGCAGUCAGGAAAUAAAAAUUUCAUGCAAACAAUAUUCAAAAUGUCUAUACAGCCGGCCAUUUAGUAAACUGUCACUUGUCAAUCCAUACUCAUAAAAUUUUCAAAACUUUAUUGUGAUCAUAUGAAGCAAAAGUUCUGUCACUUGUUGUUUACACUUGCCAAUGUUAACUGUUGAGUAACAUACACACUAUUCGAGGAACAUGCAUUACUGUAGCAAAGAGUCAAUCAUAUAUAUUGAAGACCAUGCACUGAAUAGUAGAGAAUGUUUUGAAGGUCAUUUGUGCAUGAAGCAUAUAUUCAAUUCCAACCCUGUGCACAGUUAAUGAUAUACCACACUGUUUGGUUUAACUCAGCAUAUCCACACAAAAACAAUUUGUGUUGUGGGAGAAUAUCUGUUUGAGUAGAAGGUAUCACAAGUUUAGUUUUGUACAUUUGUCUGCCAUUGAUCUGAUCCAUCCAUAUAAUAUAUGAUUAUUGUAGCAAUAACUUAUUUUCCAUACUGAUGAAUUUAGGUAAGAUUGUCUUGCAAGUGGGUUGUUCUGACAAAAUUAUCCAGCCAAUAUCCAGUAUUCAUCAUUCGAUCUUGUAUUAAUCUCUAAACAAAAACAUUUAUAUUAGAAAGCAAAAUGACAAUGUAAUGAGGAGGGAGGGUGGGGAUUCUUUUAUUAGCAUUUGAAAAUGGUUGUCACAAUUUUGUACAAACCUAACUAGUGGCCUACAUUAAAAAGCCUGUAAAGGUUUCCAGUAGGUCUCUAGCCCAUCACCUUCAAACUACACAUAGUUUUGUUACUUAUAAUAUAUUGUACACAUGGGAAAUAAAUAUAUGAUUGAUUGAAACCAAAAUGUAUAAGUAUAAUUUAACUGAUGACAUCUUUACCCAGACUGCAGAGUACGGCAAGUGCACACCCGAGAUUUUUUUUGGCCAAUGGUAUUGCACACUUAAACAUAUUUCAAAUAUUUUCCAGUUUUGUCAGGCAUUAAAAUAAGGACUUCUAAGACAAGUGUAAUAUAACAACCACCUGAAAAUCGGGAACGCUGAUUCAUGGGCGGAAAUGUCCAUUAAAGUUUCGAAUUUCUAUCUAUAGCAUGUAAGCAUGGGCACAAGAGAACUUAUAAUUGGUCCGAUUUCCUCGAGGCGCCACCACGGUUGGCGCCGAGCGGAAAAGUUUUGAAAUUUGGAGUCCCUACAUUGUCGGAAAUGGCAUUUUCGAGUGCACACUUUUCCAUUUACAACUCAAUUACAAGGACAUGCACAUUUUCCUUUUACAGGACACAAAGUGUGUCAAAAACACGCUAUUUUGUACGUGUUCAUAAUGACUUUUAACUCUGAUCGAAAUAUAUAUUCUUGUUUGUUCGUCAGAAUUUGGACCACGUUUUGUUUUCCUGAGAGGCAGAAAUUUUAGUUAUUUGUACAAAUAAACAAUCAUUGUUUUAAUAAUAUCAUUAGAACAUGACUACCUUAACUGAGUGCACACUUGACUACCUUAACUGAGGAUUGCACACUUGCACACCUGAAUUUUUGUCUUGCACACCCGAGAUCUCGUCGAAAACUGCCAUACUCUGCAGUCUGGAUCUUUACCUUUGCUCUAACACUACAUUUGAUGACAACUUAGUUGGACUGUUGUUUUGAACAGAGUUACAGAAAUACAGGACCAGGAUUUAAUGGGCUAUUCCAUUUAAUAUCCGUACCCCCCCUGUCGAGGAUCCCUGGAAUUCUUCAGGGGUAAAGGGUUUUGAGCUUGGAAUUCUUCAGGGGCAAAGUGUUUUGAGCUUGGAAUUCUUCAGGGGUAAAGUGUUUUGAGUUUGGAAUUCUUCAGGGGUAAAGGGUUUUGAGCUUGGAAUUCUUCAGGGGGAAAGGGUUUUGAGCUUGGAAUUCUUCAGGGGUAAAGAGGUUUGACUUUGAAAUUUUUCAGAGCUUGGAAUUCUUCAGGGCUGAAGGGUUUUCAGCUUGGAAUUCUUCAGGGGUAAAAGGUUUUGAGCUUGGAAUUCUUCAGGUGUAAAGAAUUUUGAGCUUGGAAUUCUUCAGGGGUAAAGGGUUUUGAGCUUGGAAUUCUUCAGGGGGAAAGGGUUUUGAGCUUGGAAUUCUUCAGGGGUAAAGAGGUUUGACUUUGAAAUUUUUCAGAGCUUGGAAUUCUUCAGGGCUGAAGGGUUUUCAGCUUGGAAUUCUUCAGGGGUAAAAGGUUUUGAGCUUGGAAUUCUUCAGGUGUAAAGAAUUUUGAGCUUGGAAUUCUUCAGGGGUAAAGGGUUUUGAGCUUGGAAUUCUUCAGGGGUAAAGGGUUUUGAGCUUGGAAUUCUUCAGGGGUAAAGGGUUUUGAGCUUGGAAUUUUGGAAUUCUUCAGGGGUAAAUGGUUUUGAGCUUGGAAUUCUUCAGGGGUAAAGGAUUUUGCAGAGCUUGGAAUUUUGGAAUUCUUCAGGGGUAAAAGGUUUUGAGCUUGGAAUUCUUCAGGGGUAUAACAAUGAAAAACAUGUAUCCUCGACAGGGGGUGUACGGAUAUUAAAUGGAAUAGCCCAAUUCAAUAUCUCCUGAGAACAUUAGUUUCUUGUGAUAUUGUUAAUUGGCAAUAUAAUGCCUGCAGCCAGAGUUUUGACUGUUUAAGAAUUUUUAUACACAAUGAUUGUUUUUAUACUGUAUAAAUGUAUAUAAUAAAAUGUGGUAUUUGGCUACUUACCAGAUAAGGAUAAGUUUCCAUGUUGAUAGAUAACUUUGGAAUAAUAUCACAAGUAGAAGGUCAGCCAAUUCAAGAUAAAAUCAAGAUAUUUUUGAAGCCAAAAUAUGGCAAAGAAUAACACGAGUACAUGACUUACACCGUUACACAGAAUAAAGACAUACAGAAGUGUAACUUCCAUUACAAAACCGUAAGGCGCUUUUUACCGAAUAGCUGGCGGCCAUGUUCUUAGCAAGUGCCCUAAAGAGAGGCAUUCACCCCCCUGGAAUAUUAAAUUUUCAAUAUCUUUUCAGGGGGGUGACUGCCUCUCUUUAGGGCACUUGCUAAGAACAUGGCGGACUGAAAAAAUCCCUUACGCACUUUUAAUAAGAAGAUACACUUCUGUAUGUCUUUAUUCUGUGACCGUUACAACAGGCCAAACUACGCCCGUUCGCAGGUUAGGUGCGAGCACGAUAUAAACAAUUGAUGUAAGCUAAUCGCUGAUUGGCUUAAUUAUAUAAACUCAUCGCUGAAUGGCUAUGGCCUAUGGGUAACGUUAAUAGUAAUCUGCUUCGCAGAUACAAAAAUAAAGAUAUACACCGGCACUGUAUAGACACUUCCCGAAUUUGCUUGAGUGCACACGAAACAAUAGCUUGGAAUCGAGGCGGACAAUGUAAUCCAUUGGAAAACUAUACUUAUUUCCAAUGGAUUACAUUGUCCGCCUCGAUUCCAAGCUAUUGUUUCGUGUGCACUCAAGCAAAUUCGGGAAGUGUCUAUUGAAUAUAUAUGUUCAUACCUACAAGUAUUUUUCAUAAUAAAAGUGUACUUUCCCAAUUUAGAUUGGGUGGGUGGGUCAUGAAAUAAAUUUGGUAAGAUUGGAUGGGCUUUGAAAUUUUUAUCUACAUCCUAAGAUGGGUCACCAAACUUAUUGGCAAAAUUUGUGAUUUACCUCCAGCCCACCCUAGCAGUUACUUCAUGACCAGUCCCUAAUACAAAAUGACUGAAAAACGGCAAACUUCGCAAGGCUAUAUUAUCCGCAUUUUACAACAUUUCGCAACGAAACUUUGGAAUAUUACUAAUUUUGUGAUUCUCUUUCAAGCUGUGAUGAAAAUUUUGUCCAAGCAUAUCUAGAUCAAAAUUUCACUCACAAGGGGAAAGGUCUAUUUACGAAUUCUCAUUACCCGAGACAAAAUUGUCUUUGGCUCGUGAAUUUCACUUUAUUCUUUAAAAUAAUCCAAUUUCUCCGCUAUUUAAAGUGAGAAAUCGUUUUGAAUUUCGUUGAGGAGACUGGUCAACUAUUACAUAUUUUUUCGAUUAUGAUCAGUAUUAGAAGACUAAUUAAAAUUGUUUUGUUUACGUUACUAAAUAAGGACCAAAAAAGACAUUCGACUAUGAAUGCGACGAAAUAAGCGAACUAAGUUCACUGUAUGGUGCUGUGGUUGGCGCGUCCAUUGUUGUUGCUGUUUUCUGCGUCUUUAGUAUCCUCAUUGUUACCAAGUCGUUGUCAUGGAAACGAAUACGAUACGUAAGUUCCAAUACUGGGUUUAAAUUUGCUAAUUGUAAUGUAUUUCUCGUGUAACCGAGUGAGGAUUGAAUGCAAAAGUAACCUUUGAUUUAAGAUAAUUUUAAUAACGACUAUUUCAAGAUGGACUCUCUCGCUGAACGUCUCUACACAUGUUCCCUCCUGCGCAUGCGUGUCUCUGUCCUUAAUAGCUCAAUGAGCCGUUAAUAACUUGCUAUAAGGUUAUGAUGAGCUCAACAGACUUGUUACAAUAUGUUUCAACAACUUGUUAUCGUUCUGCAAUUCAACAAUUUGUCAACAAGUUGUGAGUGACAACCUUGUAGCAACUUGAUAAAAUAACAGCAUUGUUACAACUUGUUGACAAGCUUGCUGCAAGCCUGUUGCGAACACAUCUUGUUAACAAGUUGGGAGAUUUUUACGUGCGUAGUGCAAAAAUUAUGGACAGUUCUAUUGUCUAAUAGUAAUAACACAGAAUAAGUACAUACAGAUGUCGAGCUUUUACUGCGCAUCAGCUGACGAUCAUGUUCUUAACAAGUGCCCUGAAGGGAGGCAUUCACCCCCCUGGAACAUUAAAUUUCCAUAUGUUUUCAGGGGGGCGACGGCCUCUCUUUAGGGCACUUACUAGGUAAGAACAUGGCGAACUGAAAACCCUUACGCUAAAUUAACCUAAUCAUUUUGUUUCCACACAGGGCCAUCAUCGUUCAUAUUACCAAGAUGACUUCCACAUGGAGCCAGCACGUGGACCGCCAUCCAUGAUCGAAAUGCCCUAUGCCAAACGUGGAGAAUUCCUUGAAGGCCCACCACCGACCGGCCCCCCGUACAAGCAAACCGUCUACCGAAACUACCCUUACUAACCAGCAGCCUGGACGGGGGAUGUGAAUUUUAUGUUAUCAUAUAACACACGAUUACCACAACAGUGAAUUGUAAAGUUUAACGAUGAACGACGCAUGAAAAAGUUUUUGUAUUAGUAGAGAUGAUUUCACACUUUCCAAGCUUUUUAAUUAUUUUCCAUUAAUUUGUAGCAAUAUAUAUUUGUAACAAUUUUUAUGUCACAUCAGUUUUUAAUAAUUUUGAAUAUUAUAUUUUAACAAGUUUGUUUUAUUCGUGUUCUUUUAUUUAAGACGUUGUAC